AUGUCUGACUCCGAAUCGUUCAUUCAAGGCGAUAUUUUCGAAGAGCCGGAAGGUUUCUACCAGCCACCUCCAGAUGCGCAUUUUGCUCCAUAUGAGAGGAAAAAUGUUCCCGAAUGCUCAAAAUCUCAAGCACAAACGGUCAAUUUGAGACUCGUUGGGUCUUCGCCGCUCUGGGGCCAUUUGCUUUGGAAUGCCGGUAUCUACACCGCACAACACUUCGAUAAGUAUCCUGAGCUGGUGCAGGACAAAGUUGUCUUGGAAUUAGGCGCAGCUGCUGCUCUGCCGUCUAUUGUAGCAGGUCUCAUCGGUGUCAAGAAAUGUGUUACUACCGACUAUCCAGACGCCGACUUGAUACAAAAUAUCCAAUACAACGUGGAUCAGGAACUGUACGACGGACAAUCUGAAUUUGACCCUGUCAAUAGAAGCGUGGUAGUUGAAGGCUACAUUUGGGGUAACAGUUACGAGCCCAUAACGAAACACCUGCCAACAGGAACUUCCAAAUUCGAUCUCAUCAUUUUAAGUGAUCUGGUCUUCAAUCACACAGAGCACUUGAAACUGUUAAAGACAACUAAAGACCUUUUGGCUUCUAAUGGUAAAGCACUUGUAGUCUUUUCGCCUCAUAGACCUUGGCUAUUGAAUGACGACUUGCAAUUCUUUGAAACCGCUAAGGAAUUUGACCUCACACCGGAGAAGAUUGAGAUGGUACACUGGAAGCCGAUGUUCGAGGAAGAUGAAGAAACCAGUGAGGUAAGAUCUAGAGUGUACGCCUAUUACUUGACGCACAAAAAUUAA